UGAAGGGGAGACUUGAUGUUCCAUUGCAUUGCAUUGCAUUGUGUAUAUGUUGAAUCCACUCUAUAGUUAUGUUGAUGAGUCCAUCUUUGAUGAUGGAAACAUCACCACAACAUUCAUGGAUUGUGUUGAGACAUUUUACAGUGGUGAUGAUGAUAAGCAAGAUCAGGUUGUGAAUUAUGAAUUUCAGAAGUUUCAAAAGAGAGAAGGCGCCUUUCGGAAGAAACUUGCAAGGACUUGUCAAAACUUUGAUUACAAUCCUGUUGCUUGGUGGAGAAUGUAUGGAGUUGACACACCAAAUUUACAAAAAAUGGCUAUAAGGAUUUUUUUCAUUGACCUCAAGUUCUUCUGGCUGUGAGAGAAACUGGA